GAAACCCUGUGCCGUGAGCAGCCAUCUUGGACAGACAGAUCAUACUUGAGCCAGGAUAACCUGCAUACCUCCUCUGAAUUCUGAACAGCUCCACAACACACAGCUCUAAAGACUUAAUUUCUGAGCCACAAUGGCCACUGCACCGUACAACUACUCCUACAUUUUCAAAUACAUCAUUAUUGGGGACAUGGGGGUAGGGAAGUCAUGUUUGCUUCACCAGUUCACAGAAAAGAAAUUCAUGGCAGACUGCCCUCAUACAAUUGGCGUGGAGUUUGGUACGAGGAUAAUCGAGGUGAGCGGGCAGAAGAUCAAGCUGCAGAUUUGGGACACAGCAGGACAAGAGCGUUUCAGGGCCGUCACCCGCUCCUACUACCGCGGAGCCGCAGGGGCACUUAUGGUCUACGACAUCACCAGGAGAAGCACGUACAACCACCUUAGCAGCUGGCUGACUGAUGCCAGAAACCUCACCAACCCCAAUACUGUGAUUAUUCUCAUAGGAAACAAAGCAGACUUGGAGGCCCAGAGGGACGUCACGUACGAGGAAGCAAAGCAGUUUGCUGAGGAGAACGGUUUGUUGUUCCUGGAGGCCAGCGCAAAAACAGGCGAAAACGUCGAGGACGCCUUCCUGGAAGCUGCUAAGAAGAUCUACCAGAAUAUCCAAGAUGGCAGCCUGGACCUGAACGCCGCCGAGUCGGGGGUCCAGCAUAAGCCCUCGGCCCCUCAGGGCGGCCGGCUAACCAGCGAACCACAGCCCCAGAGGGAAGGCUGCGGCUGCUAAUGACCAAGCAAAAGCCCCUUUUGCCCUCCCUUCCUCUCUCCCUUCCUCUGUCUGUCCUGCCCGCCCCCUCCUCAACCAACCCCCUACCAUCCAUUCCGCCACCUCCGUACGUUCAUCCCUCACUGCACCAGGAGCUGCAUGAGAGCAGGGCUGCGGAGCGAAGGAACGGGGGGCAAAUAUCAACUUGGGCCAGACUGAGCUGGGCUGUGUGGACUACAUCUCCCCCACCUCCUCCUCUUCCUCCUCCUCUUCCUCUCUGCCUGUCUUGUCUCCCUUCGUUGCCGUCUCACUCCUCCUCUUUAAACUCUGUCGGUGUGUCGUCGUCCCAUAACUCUCCUCUCUCGCUCCCCUCCGAUCCUCUCGCACCAUUCAGUCUAGCUCCCCUCCAUCAUAGUAUCGUAGAUGCCACCACUCAUUAAACUGGUCACUGACACUUUAGAUAGAUGUAAUGUUCACACGAUAUGAUAAACCGAGACUGUUUUUUUUUUAUGUUUGGUUUUUAUAGCUAUAUAUGAAAUGUAAACACUGCAAUUAAGUUUCAUCCACCACUGAUCAGCUGUGUAAAUCGGAUCUAAAUUCUAAUCACGAACUCCCCUUCGCCUCUCCCGCAUGGUUUACGAUUCCAGCAUUAUACGGAGACGACGCGGGCGCGAGAUCUCGCUCCCGUUUGAUUCGUGUGGGAGCAGACAGCGAAGGCAAUGAAGUAGCGCAUCAUGCAGCCGCACAGGUAGAGGCUCUGAACCGCGUGUCCGGGAAUGUGAAGCUGAGUGAGCGUUUUUCAGCGAAUACCUGCUCGUGGCUUUUUAAUUCACUUCUUUUCGCCGCUUGGCACAAAGCAAAUUCCUUUGCCAGAUGUGGCAAUACCGAUGUUCUCAGGAGAGACGGAGAGAAAAAAGGGGAGGGAGGGAAAAUUUAGAAAAGCAGGAAUUACCCACAAAUUCCUUUUGGGUAAUUCCCCCAGUCUCUCUGCUGGAAUAUCACAGGAAGGAAUACUGGGUGUUUUCCAGCUUAUCUGUGUGUGUGUGUGAGUGUGUGUUUGUGUGUUAGGAAGGUGGACGGGCGACUUUCGACUAAGUUAAAAAUGACACUUUAACAAAGAAAAACACGUCUUUUCCGUUUUUGAUGAAAAGAUUCAUUUAAAUCAGUUUCUUUGCACCAGCUCCCCCCCCCCACCUCCUCCUCACCCACCCACUCACCCACUCACCCUCCCAUCCAUCAUAUCAACGGAUUCUGUCUUUACCAGCAUUUUCUUUGUCAUUGUUUGUUGCCUUAUUAUAAUUAAUGUUAUUACUCUUUAAUCAUUGUUUUUGCUGCACUUGCUCUUCACACUGCUGUUGGAUUCACCUUGAUUCAAUAAAUCAACUCUUUUUUUUUUAGAAUAAUUCUCGCAUUUUACUGGUAAAUAACAACAAUAGAAGAGGUGGUUCACGUGGCCAGAAUAUCUCACAUGGCCCAGUAUCAGCAGCAUGGUCCUACACCCGCGUCUUGACUAUUAGGGUGUAGAAACAAACACUCCUUUAUCUCGAUUAAAACGCACUGAAGAGCUGAUUUCUUGUUCAUUUGGGCAGUUGUUCCUCUGCCAUCCCAUAAUACAACACCAAGCAGCAUGCCCCCCCACCCCACACCCCCACCCCCCCGAAAAAACAAGAAAAUGGCAAAAAUCAAAUAGUUUCUCUUUCCUUCAAGUACGAUUUCUUUUCUGUACCAUAGUGAUUCCCUGAUUGGACAGCUGUAUAUAUUGCUUCUUAACUACUGGUGAUGACCUCGCUACUGUACUUUGGAUUUAGAAAUUUAUUUGGUGGCUCUGCCAAGAUCUGUACAGUCGGUGUGCUAGUGGGUUGCCUGUAAUUCAUGCUUGGGAAAUUCUGUAACAUAGUUUCUAUUAAUAAAUGUAUGUAAAGGACAGACACCCCCCCCGCCACCCAACCACCCCGUCUGCACACUACUGAACCUGCCGAUUGUUUGAGGGGAGAGGAAGUGGAUUGAGAUGAUGUGCAAACUAGUAUUUAUGUCUGCAAACCUCGAAUCCUCUCAUUUCUGUACGGAGUGGAGGAUGGGGCACUUUUAUGUUGAUAUUCUGUUUUUCUUUUUCCCACCCCAUCGUCGCUCCUCUUUAUGGGAGGGGCCUGCAUCGCUGUCUUAACUUUUUUGGGGAGUGGGGAUUGGUUUGUUAUUGUGGGAAGUGGGUGGGCUGGGUCUUCCUUUUUCCUGUGUCCCACCUCUUUUGCAGUCUGAGUGACCACUUCCUGCUUUUGUCUGUCCACAAGUACAAAAAAAAAAAAACG